GCCGAUAUAUUUCAACACUUGUUGACUAACUGUGUUGUGACCUAGGGUAGAAGUGAACACAACUACUGACACAACAUGUUAUUGUCGACGACCAGAGUGUCUGUCCAUCAGUUGCGAAGGUAUGCGACGACGGCUGUGCCUAAAGACAAAGACCACUACCACUUGGUUGUGGUGGGCGGUGGAGCCGGAGGGCUGUCCAUCGCGGCCAAGUUUACGGAAGUGUUGACCACUUUAGAUAAGGGCAAAGUGGUUGUCAUUGAGCCCAACGAGAUGCAUUACUAUCAGCCGAUGUGGACGCUGGUGGGCGCCGGGAUCAAGACUGUGGCCCAAUCGGGUCGACCCAUGGCUUCAGUGAUGCCUCGACAGGUGAAGUGGAUUAGAGACCGGUGUGUGUCCAUAGAGCCCGACCACAAUCGGGUCCGUUUGAGUGGUGCCAAUGGGGUCCUGUCCUAUGACUUCCUGGUGGUCGCCGUCGGCAUUCAUAUCGACUGGAAUCGCGUGAAAGGACUGACGGAUGCCCUGAAGACACCCGGAGUUUGUUCUAACUAUUCGGUGGAGACGGUCACCAAGACUUUGCCGGCCAUUGAGGGCAUCAAAGAAGGCAACGCUAUCUUCACGUUCCCCAACACCGCCAUCAAGUGUGCCGGCGCUCCGCAGAAGAUCAUGUAUUUGGCGGACGCCUAUUGGCGACAGCACGGAAUCCGAGAUAAGAUAAACAUAACGUACAACACGGCGUUGGGUGUGAUCUUCGGAGUUCCCAAAUAUGCGAAAGCGUUGAACAAAAUCGUGGACCAGAAGAAUAUAAACGUAAACUAUAGACACAAUUUGGUCGAAGUGGUGGCCGACAAGAAAGAGGCCGUCUUUGAGGACUUGGCGUCCAACGAGAGAAAGCGAUUCAAGUAUGAUAUGCUUCACGUAACGCCUCCCAUGAGCGCACCACCACUUGUCUCUUCGUUAGCUGACCCCCAGUCCGGGGGCUAUAUGUCCGUCAAUAAGGAGACGUUACAACACGUGAAGUACGAGAAUAUCUUCGGAAUCGGUGACUGCACUAACGCUCCCACCUCUAAGACCGCGGCCGCUGUGGCCGCACAGACGGGCGUUGUCUCCAGAAAUCUAUUAGCGGUCAUGAAAGGGAAGAAACCGUACGCCCACUACGACGGCUACACCUCCUGCCCAUUGGUGACCGGCAAUAAUAAAUGCAUUUUAGCGGAGUUUGACUAUAAUCUGGAGCCGUUAGAGACGUUCCCUAUCGACCAGUCAAAGGAAAGUCGUCUCAUGUAUUACAUGAAAAAGGAUUUGAUGCCUAAUAUGUAUUGGAAUGGAUUGUUGAAAGGCAUAUGGAAUGGCCCCCAGUUUUACCGCCGUAUUAUGCACUUAGGGAUGGGAAAGUAAUGUUCUCAUACACUGGUGCUUGUUUUCAACUGUUAUUAUAUUUUUGUUUGUUAAACUAAUAAUGUAACUA